AGCAUCAAAACUUUACCUGGUUGAAAACCUCUAUCAUUAUAGUGAAGGAGUGAUGAUGUAAGAGCAGCACCAUCCCUAUUAUUCUUGAAUGAAGCACACUUUAGUCAACAGGAAGUAUUUCUACACAACAAACACUUUCAGUCACCAUGAACUGAAGUUGCUCUACAACAGUCUGUACAUCAGCCUGAGCUCAGAUUCCUCUGCAUCACUUCCUCAAGCUGCUGAUCCACAAAGCACAGCAGAGACUGUAGUUGAUUCUUCACAUUCAACAUGACAGCAUCUCCUCUCAUCAUAUCCAUCAUUACUUUGAUCUGGAUUGGAGGUGUUUAUCUUAGUAAAGAAAAACAAGUGUUUCAGACUCCAGCUGAACUGUUGGGGAGUCCUAACAGUGUAGUCAACCUGAGUUUAACACAUCAUAUCUCGAGCUAUGACACGAUACUGUGGUAUCAGCGCUCAGUAGGAUCCAGUUCUCUAAAGUUGAUUGGAUAUAUGAACUAUAAAAAUCCUAAGGUUGAGAAAGAAUUUGAAGGACACUUUGACGUGAGUGGAGAUGGAGAGAAAACAGCUUUUCUUCACAUUCUGAACCUGACACACCCUGAAGACAGCGGAGAAUACUUUGGUGCAGCAAUCAAAAUGAUCCCAGACAUCACCACCUUGACUUUCUUUGUACUCUGGGCUGCAGGUGUUUCUCAGUCUGUGUUGAUCACUCAGUGGCCCCGCUACAUCUCCAGGCUUCCCGAUGGCUCGGCAGAAAUGCACUGCUACCAGAAUGACACUGAUUAUGAAUAUCUGUACUGGUACAGACAGCUGAGAGGAAAAGAUAUUCAGUUAGUGGUUUAUUUGGUUGCUGGCUCUGCAACCUUUGAAGAAGAAUUCAAAUCUGGUUUUCAGGCAGUGACACUGACGGAGAAGCAGUGGUCUCUGACAAUAUCCAGCGUUCAGGAGAAAGAUGAGGCUGUUUAUCUGUGCGCUGCAAGUCUACACAGUGCUGUGGCAGACCUCUAGUCUGUGACAAAAACAUACAGCCCAGAAGCUGUUUAUUGUUCUGACA